GGCGAUAUAUGUCGUUGAACUACCUUUAUCUCGUAAUGCCCAUCUCCACCCUGAGUAUAACACGUUCGUGAGGGACUAUGUCGAAAACUCUUUGCAUAGUGAACAACUUGUUAUCGAACCGAAGCUACAGGCUGACAUCCUUUCGAACGAUGUCUCUCGACCUCUCCAUGAUGUCGCUACUCGCGCCGAUUUACCGGAGCCAACGCCGAACUUGUUAAAUCAUAUCAUCGAGGUUCUACGCCGUGGUUGUUUUGAACUCAGGAAGUGGGCCAAUAAUUUCUCGUUGUUGUUAGACAAUAUUUCUUGUGACUAUCGUGGUGGUCAAUUGUUAUUGUUCGUUGUCGAGAGCCAACUCUCAGUUAAGGUUCUAGGCCUGGAGUGGAGUCUAUCCCUAGACAAUUUCUCAUUUUCGUUAAGACUGAAGCAUGAAGUUUGCACCCAGCGUAAUGUAAUGUUAGAACUCGCUCGUACUUUCGACUUUUCGAGACUCCUUGAACCUCUUAUUAUCGCUUUCAAGUAUAUCGUCAAACAAAUUUGGGCGCCUGGGCUAGAGUGGAAGUCACCAUCCUCUCGUUGGAAGACAUACGUCGCUAAUUGCAUUGAUCGCAUUCAGGAGACAAUCCCUCCUAGUCAUUGGCACCUCAUCAGGACCGAGGAUAAUCCGGCUGACUGUGCCUCUCGUGGCCUAUCGGUUCAGCAAUGUAUCGAUCAUCAUCUGUGCUGGUCUGAUCCUAAGUGGCUGUCGUCUUUUGAACCCGUUUGGUCUAAUGCUCGGAUCAUCGAAGAACCCGCUACUGCUAAAGCAGAACAACGCGAUUCAGUUGUGUCGUCAUUCGUUGCAGUCGAUCAACUCAAUAACUAUCCUUCGCUUCCCAAAUCGUUACGCAAGUUACAUCCCUUUUUGGAUGAAAACGGUUUAGUCAGGGUGGGCGGUAGACUAGUUCAUUCGGAACUAGAUCACGGUUGUAAAAGCUCCUUGUCAUUACCUCGACAACCGCGUUUAACUUCGCGUCUCGUCAAUCAAAUGCAUGCUGAUAACAUGCAUCCUAGUCUUAGAACACUAAGCUACUUACUAGCUCAGAAUCAUUGGAUUCUUUCGUCUCGUCGAGCUAUUAGUAGUCAGCUAUCUAAAUGUGUGAAGUAUUAUCGCGAUGAUCCUAAAUUUUUAACAUUUCGUAUGAGUGGCUUACCCAAAUUGAAAGUUUUUCAACUUAAAGCUCGUUCGUGGUACCCCUGGUGGGACCCUGGCGGUUAUCAGAGUCGAUUUCGUGGGACCGUUUCCCUCGUACAUUUAGCGUUGUCGUGGAUCUCGUACCUAUCGUCUCGUAGAAUUGCGUUUCUCGUGUCGCUCUCGCUACCAGGACUAGGUCGGGUCGACUACAAAGACCAUAGAGUCCGCUACUAUUUAUCGAUAUUUAAAAUACACGUAUUUUGGUGGGCGGAAUGUUCAAUCCCCAUCGACUAGAUAAUCUUAUUUCGUUUAGUUUUAGAAUUUAGUUUUAGUUUUUAGAUAGGUUCAUUUGAAUUUAGCGGCAGAUCAAUUAGCUGCAAUAGGUAUAUUGUUAGUAUCGUUCGUCGGGUUGAUAGAUAUAUUGUCGCCAGUGAGGGUAGAUAGGUUACCGCUCAUUGGCAGAGUCGCUCGCGCGUGAAGACAGACGACACACGUCGUCGGCGCUCCAAGCCCCGAAUCCAUCACGCUGGGCCCUGGGGCCAUCCCAAGUGCUACAGGGAAGUGCUUAGUGUCGGUACCGACGGGAGGAGAGACUGCGACGGCGCUGGUGAGUCGAGUUUUCUUAUUUUCUCCUCACUGGUGUCGCGUCAAAAUUAGGUAUUCGUUUUGAAAAAUACAGUCCAUCAGGAAGCGAUUCGAACCCCUUCACCCAUGCCAACU